GAAACAAUGAAUAAAGAAGCAACUCCUUCAUCCGCUGCUCCUGGAGCUGGUGUCGCCGGUGGGCAUCGGCGGUCCAGCAGCGGCAUCUCAGAUGACGCAGUCGCAUCAGCACACGAGUUCAUGUCCGGCACAAUACGCCGGUCCUCUACGGGAGUCACGGACGACGCGGCCAGACUGGCUCGCGACUUCGCGCGAACAUCAAAGGGCACAGGCCCCGGUUUAUCCGACGACCUAGCAGAUAAGGCUCAUAAGUUCAUGGACGGGCCCGCCACCCACCGUGAAUCUCACAGCAAGUACCUCCCUGAUGUCACGCUGCCCGGCGUCACCGACGAGAUUGCCGAGGAGGCGCUUGAAUUUGUCGACGGGGUCGAGAAUGGGGGGAAAUAA